AUGUCGACGACUACAAUUCCUGCUCCUCUGGUCGGAAAAGUGGCCUUGGUUACGGGCGGCUCACGAGGCAUCGGCCGUGGCAUCGCGAUCCAUUUCGCGAAAAAGGGCAUUUCAAAGAUUGCCAUCACUUAUGCUGAGAACCCAUCGGCCGCGGAGGAGACCCUCGCGGCGAUUGGCAAAGUCGACCCGAGUAUUAUCGCCAGGGCGAUCCGAGCGGAUGUCCUGUCGCCGACAUUUGCCUCCGACCUGGUACCUCAGGUGUUGGAGAACCUCUCUACCCAAACCCUCGACAUCAUCGUGUGUAACGCAGCAUAUGUCAACCCCAAGAUUGUGGCCCCCAUCGCCACGGCGACCAAGGAGCUGUUCGACAAUCUCAUGACGGGCAACGCGUGGGCUCCCGUCCAGCUGUUCCUCACGGCCUUGCCCGUCAUUUCUCGAGGCGGCCGCGUCAUUAUGAUCGGCAGCACCGCCUCCAAGUCGCCGAAUGCAGACCCUGCGGUUUGUUAUGGUGCGUCCAAGGCCGCCCUGGACAGCUUCACCCGGAGCCUCGCCCUGAUGUACUCGGCUCAGCACGGCAUCACCAUCAACUCGGUGUCGGUGGGGCCGGUCAUGACGGAUUUGCUAAGAAUCCCUUUGGAACAGGGGAUACUCCCGGAUGGCUACAUCCCGAGCCUGGCGAGCAGGAACACGGCGGAAAAGAGGAUGGGGGAGGUGGACGACAUCGCUGGGAUUGUUGGGUUUCUCGCUAGCGAGGAGAGCAGGUGGAUCAAUGGGAACAACGUGCCCGCAAAUGGGGGAGCGCUUCUCGAGGUGCAGGGAUAG